AUGGGUUUCGGACAUUCAUCUAUCGGCAGCCAGCCAGGCUCAGCCCACCAGCCCAGACUCACGGCGCCAUACCGAGCCAUGUCUCCAUCCCCGUCGAUGAACGAAGUGUCCCAGGAGGAGGCUCAGAAUCCUACCAUGUUGAGCCAAUACUCCAUCGGCUCGCAACACGCUCAAGCUCCCCUCACGAUGACCACGAUUAGUGGAGAUAGACUUCCCAUCAAGGUCGUCGAUCCUUGUACCCCGACUGAGACAGAGGACAAGGACAUGGAGUACGAGCAUGGCGAGUUACUGGUUCUCGACACGUAUAUCUGGGCCGGGGAGAAGAAGCGCAACCGGGAUGUUUUGGCAUGGGCAAACACCCUGGGAUGCAACAGGUUCUGGACUCGAGAGCAGAAGAAGGGCUUCAAACAGACGGUCAAGGACCUGAAAAAGUUCAAGCCCAACCAACUUAGCGGUCACGUCAGCAACAACGUGAACCGGAGGCUCGCCAAGCUCGAGAUCAUGCAGAUCCGAGUCAUGGCAGGGCAUGACAACUCGCGGCUGUUCCACUCGCUGUCGGAAGAAAAACCCCGAAUACAAAAGACGAGACAAGCCCAGGAGGAAGAGGAGAGGGCCAGACGGGACCAGAUCAGAAAGGAGACGAUAGAGUCGCUCAUUCGCUGCGGCGUGGUGAGAAGCAGGGAUGUACGUGCUCUCAGCUGUGCCUAG